AUGCACAGGGCUAGAGAACUAUCGUCAUCAGAUGAUGAGAAUUCAUCGCCAUUAUUCCACACUCAACGAUUUACUAAAUCGGGCAGUGCCACUGCUAAUACUACCACUCCGAAUCGAUCAAGUCAGACGAAAAUUCAACAACGAAAUAAAAUUAAUGAACCACAUCAUAAUCUAAAUUUAGAAGGCAUUGGUGACGAUGACGAUGAUAGUCUCAACGAUGAUUAUACAAAAAAGAGUACACAGCGAAGUGAUUCUACUCUAUCUGGUACACCUACACCAAAAGCACGUUCAUUUUUGAAGAGUAAUACAAACACCGAAAAAAAUGAAAGACCAAGUACACCCUCUCGAGGACGAGAUAGUGAUAAAAAAUCUCCUCUCCAUUCCCCAUCGUACGGAUUUGAUGCUGAUAACAAUGUAUUUAGUACAGGAAUGAAAAGUCCUAGAAGUUCAAAAGGAAAUAUUCAACAGCUAAACGAUGAUGAAUGGCUAAGAAAUCUUGAAUCGAAUCCUAAAAACAGACGACGUUCACCCGAAGCAGAUAUAUUCGAUAUGGAUCGUCGUCCACAAAUUAAAGCAAGACAGCAACAACAUAUAGCAGAUAAACAUGGUAGUCGAAAAAGUAGUGUAAAAGAGCAAAGUGACAGUGAUAAUGACGAUGUGAUAGAUCAGGCUUCUCAAUCGAAACGAUUUAUUGAUAGUUCAAAAGCACAAAAACGAAUGUCAAGUGAUAAUCUUGUUGACGCUGACAACCGAGACCAUGACCAUUCAACAAAAGUUACGAACUGGAAUCGUGAAGGAAGCAAUCGUCCUUCAUCUCGUCCAGGUUCAGCUAAAACUACAAAAAUGCAAGAUGACCAGAUAGAACGUACAUCUAUUUGUGAUGAACCAGAGAAUGUAAUUGCAAACUCUCAACACCAAGAACAAUCACUACAAAACCAUACAAACAGGCGUCCAUCAUCCGCUCACCAAACUUAUCAAUCUCAAAUUAAUCAAUCGGCGAUUGAUAAUGUUGUGCAGGCAAAUACGCCGCCAUCAACUGAUGGUUUGAAAUUAAACGAUUCACUAGCUAAAGUGACUGCACCUGUUCAUUUACCACCGAAAGCGGAUCACGCACAAAAACGAGUAAAUACAGGAGGUCAUCAUCGCACCCGUACAAUAAAAACGCCAUCUCGUUAUCGUGAUAUUCAAGCACGGAUUGAUUCGGGACGUCGAUCGAGCACAAAUAAUAUUGAUUUAACACGUUCAGUUGAAAAGGCUCUACAACGUUCAAUGACAAAUGCAUUGAAAGCUCAACGACCAAAUAGUGCUAGAGCAAGUUUGCGAUCGACAACAACAACGACUUUAACGCCUAGUAAAAAAUAUAGUAAUGUUCAACCACGUAUAAACACAAAUUUAUCAAUUAAUUUUGAUGAUCUUGAUACAAGUAUGAAACGAGCGGACUCGAGCCAAACUAUUGUUGAUAGUGUUUACUUAGAAUGGCUAAAAGAAAAAACGGAAACAAAACGACGUGAGAAACAAGAAUAUGCCCAGUGGGAGAAAGAAAAAUUGAAAAAAAUAGAUAGAGAUCAAAUAGAAAAAAAACUAUUACAAGAUGCACAAAAUCUUGAACAAUGGCGUCAAAAGAAAGCAGAAGAAGUACAUCAAAAAAAUUUAGAGAAAAUUCAAUUUAAACAAGAAGAAGCUGAAAAGCGUAAAAAUGUACAAGUUGACAAAAUAACAGAAGCAAAGACAAAUUUCGAGGCAUGGAAAAAAAACAAAGUAGAAACAUCGGCACAAAAACUCAAAGAAGAGCAAGAACAAAAAGCUUAUUUGGAAAAGCAACAAGAAGAAAAACAAAAGAAACUUUUGUCAGCUAACAAAGCCUACGAAAUGUGGAAAGAGAAAAAGGAACAAUAUAUAGAACAGAAAACUAAAACACAAAAAGAAUCGAAAAAAGGCGAAUUAAAAAAAUUACAUGAAAAUGAAGAGAACAAAUUUAUGAAUGCACAAGCAGAAUACGAAAAGUGGAUUCGUAAAAAAGAACAAGAUGACUUAACCAAAGAUAAACGACAAACACCAGUUGUCACUACACCUUUCUUACCAGGAGGUGCUCAAAAAAAUACAGGACAAGUAAAGCAUAAUGUUUGGUAA